CCUUUUCUAGACGGUGGCCGCGCAGGGUCGUUCUCGUGAUGGCUGGCCGUGGGAAGCUGAUCGCCGUGGUGGGCGACGAGGACACCGUGACCGGGUUCCUGCUGGGCGGCAUCGGGGAGCUGGACAAGCACCGGCGGCCCAACUUCUUGGUCGUGGAGAAGGACACGGGCCUGACGGAGAUCGAGGAGGCCUUCAGGGGUUUCUUGAGCCGCGACGACAUCGGCAUCAUCCUCAUCAACCAGUUUGUGGCGGAGAUGAUCCGGCACGCCAUUGACGCCCACACCAAGUCCAUCCCGGCCGUGCUGGAGAUCCCCUCCAAGGAGCACCCCUACGACGCCUCCAAGGACUCCAUCUUGCGCAGGGCCAAGGGCAUGUUCACUGCCGAGGACUUGCGAUAGGCCGAGGGCGGACGGGGCCGGCGUCGGGUCAGCCGCCGCUGCGCAUUCAGCAUCCCGUGGAGACUUUGCGUCUGCCCUCCCCACGCCGAAUCACUUCCAUAGUUUGCUCUCAUUCUGACCCUUUGGGCUGUAAGGCUAGGGGGCUCUUCCACCGUGGACUUCUGCCGCUCCCAGCGUUUCAUUGGCCUUGUUCUGCUACAUUCCUGCCGUUUGGCAUUGCUAGUUUUGCAGUUGUUGGGUUUUCCAUGUUCGUUCCGUACCCCCAGUCCACUCCCCUUCGAAGCAGUAACUGAGCCCUGCGCCCCAGCGUAGCCGUAUCUGUGGUGGCUCCCUCCCGUUGCCGAGACUGGGUGGAGCUUGCUUGUUGCCACGUUCUGCCAGCAUUCUAAGGCAGCAGGGCUUUUUUGCAGUAGGGACUCCUUUGCAUAUUAGGCCACACCCCCUUGAUGUAGCCAAUCCUCCUAAAGCUUACAGUAGGCCCUGUACGAAGAGCCCUGUAAGCUCCAGGAGGAUUGACUACCUCACGGGGGUGCGGCCUAAUAUGCGAAGGAGUUCCUGCCCAUCUUGUAACAGAUGUUUGUGACUAAGGAAGUGAUCUUUUACAGCAGGCCAACUCUGUAUCCCUUCCUUCCAAAGUUCCGCUCCCUUGUGCUUGGUAUGGUGGCCCGCAGCAUACGUACACCUCCUCCCGUCUUCUCUUCCAUUGCAAAGUUGUGGAUGACAAAUUAAACCAAAUGACACAG